UAUGUUUCUUCAAUAACUUCAUCUGGCAGUACUACAAACGAAUACGACGAACGGACGAGGCUGGCCAGAAGCGCACUGUGCUUAUAAAAUUUUUUGCAGCUAAAAAUAAAUAGAAAUUCGAAUUUUCCUUCCCAGAGUUAGUGCAAUUAGAAAAUUGAACGUUGGUAAAGCGAAAGAGAAAAAUACAAACAAUAAUACCGCAGCAGCUAACUUUUUAACUUAUCUGUGACAUUGUAAUUGAGAUAGCUUUUGUUUAGCUAGUACCAAUUAUGUAAGGUAAUGGAUGCGCGCAUUGAACUGAUGCCAAUAAUCUGGACAACAAGUGUACCAACCACUUAGUCGAUCAGCAUUAAUGAUUCAAUAUUUUCUAAAACCAAAUUAACGUAAACAAUCACAAAACCGCAAAUAGUUUUACAAUAAUAGAACAAACGCUAAGAACAACGUAGCAAUAAAAACGAGCAACACAGUGUCGCAGCCUUCUUUAUACAUCUACUAAUAUGCCUGUGAUUUCGCCACGCAGAUCAUCGACAUCGAACAGUGGCAGUCUAUACGGCACCUCGUCGUCCGGAACUGGCAGUACAGGCACUAGUACCGCCAGUGCAUAUAGCAGUGCAUCGUCGUAUUUGAAUCGUGCGAAUAGCUUGUCGAAAGCCACAACGCCAAGCAGUUCAUUGUGGUCGUCAUCGUCGUCAGGAGCAUCGAAAUAUACACCCAACUAUUAUAGCUCUUAUUUGGGUUCGAAUUCGUCAUCGUAUUCGCCACGUACAGCAUCGCAACGUAACUCUUUGUCGUCUUUGUACCUGAGCGGCGGCUCCUCUGGAUUAGGAACCUAUCGCAGUAGUUCAUCUUAUUUGUCAUCCGGCAGCAAUGAUCCAAUUACAUCCAGUAGAUAUGGACUCAGCGUUAACUGAGGCUGAGGUAGACGCAGCUUCAUCCACCAUCAGCGGUAUUGGCGGCACAACAACAACGACAACGAACAAUGACGAGUUACGCAACGAGACUA